AUGCGUAAGACUCGACCUCAUGCGAAGGGGCGACUCUGGUUCGAUCGCGAAAUCAGAAGUAUGCUCCCUAAGCAAAAUCGAGCUCGGAAGCACUAUUGUACAUCACACGUUGGCUAUCAGGUGUAUAAGCUCAUCAGGAACCAGGCCUUGGCAAAUAAGAUGGCCAAAUACUGUACCUUUGAGGAGCGUCUAGCUGUAAAAGUUGUUUUGGUACAGAAGAGGUUGUUUGCCUACUUGAAACAAGGACCAGAACAGUCAAUUUGUGAUGAACAAGCCGACAAGGUGUUGCCCGAUGCAGCACAAAAUAAUGAAAAUUCCAGUACCACCAAGAAUUUAUCUGAUAAGUUUCAUCAGAAAAUGUUGGAAAUCGAUGAGGCCACUAAAGCUGAAUUGAAACGUCAGGAGGAGUUGUUGUGGACAAAGCCACCGGAGGAUCAAGUGUUAAUGCCGGUCUGGGCGUUCGGGUUUAAUCAAACUGUGCCAAUUAUUAACCUGAGCAAGAAGGAAACCAACGUGGUCUUCUACUCCUCAUCGCAUUUGGUGAUUCUGUACAAUAUCGAUGCAAACAAGCAGAGGAUUUUACGUGGACAUGUGAACGAGGUGACUUGUCUGAAUUGCAGUGAUGACAAACGUUGGCUCGUGUCCGGGGAUAGCGGACCGGACAAUGCGGUCAUUAUUUGGGAUGGGAAAACCGGAGAUCCGGUGCGCACUAUGCUCAAUCCACACAAGAACGGGGUUGUUUCCGUGGCACUGACCGAGGACGCGCGUUAUUUGGCCACACUGAGUGCUGAAGAAGUAAAUCAACAAUUUGCCAUUUGGAAUUGGACAACCGGCAGCGAUAAACCGUUGUGUUUGGUCCAUCUCAGUCCCGAACAUUCAGGACAGCGUUUAAUCAGUUUCAAACCCGGUGACUACAGUCACGUGACAACAAACAGUCACCGCCAAGUGAUAUUUUACUACUGGAAAAAAACUGGAGAGAUCGAGGCAUACGCACCUCCUCUCACCGAUGGAAUGUUUGACAAAAAAGUGGGAAGUUUCUCGGGUACUCACUUUUUGCCACAAACGAACACCGCACUCUCAGCUACAUCGCAAGGUCUCGUGGUGGUAUGGGAAACGGAUACAGCUGGUAUGAAAAGNUUUCACAACGAUUGUCGUAAGCUCACUGGGGUGUGGAUGUAUGAAACUGCUUAA